AUAGUGAGUAUUAGAACAGAUGGAUGGUUCUUGAAGACGAGUUUCUUUUGAUUUUAAUAUUAACCUGAGCACAACACAGACUAUUUCAGAAGAUUGGUGAAUCGUCUUCGAAAGGUAUAUUGAGAAUUUCUUCAUAAACAUUUCACUCUCACUUUGAAGGAAUUGUGUAAUAAAACACAACACAGACAUCAACCCAUAACAUACAGUUGGUUUGUUUAAUAAAUGGUUUAAAAUUUGCCAUGAAUAUUUCAACGGUGGGUGCAUGAGAAUAUGGCACACAUACAUCGGUGACUAAAGCAGCAGAGCACAUCCAAGUAUCAAAUUACAUUACGAUGUAAAUUAUUUAAACGACCAUUACUCGCAGCAACACCUUAAUAAUAAACAUCCCCAACAGAAAGCGUUCGCCCCCGUUCAAACCAUAAAAGGGAUGACUUUAAAUUUCCGCCGAGACAGCCCAAUAUAAAUACUUCAUCUCUGACCCACAUAAUAAUAGCGACAUUUCAGGCGGAGCUCGAUCUUGUCACAGCCCGCUUCCCCAUUGAGCACUCCCUGGAACAACUCGAGCUGCUCGAGCCUCGUCGCUUUCCAUCUUGCUCGCAAAAAGCAGCUUCCUAUUCCAUCUCCAUCCACCGCCGUCGAGAGAAGAGAGGAGCGGGGAAGGGCAGCAGCGCACACCGAGAGAGAGGCGACAGGAACGGCCAGUGGCCCAAUUUAACGCAGUGACGUCACCCUGGGCAUGGGAGUCCUGCCUUAAUCCAACGUUCCCACCGCUUACCAUCUCCACUACCAUAAAUCUCCUCCACUGCGGCCUUCUCCUCAGUCUCUUAGCUUUUUUUAUUCCUUUAUCAAUCUAUAAUUCCAACCCUCUAUAAUUUAGCACCUUCUUUCUUCCUACUAACUCCAUUAUACUCUUCUGAGGCCAUGGCGGUGCCUUCAGCUCAUGAGUAUCACUGGCAGAGCCUAGCACGACUGCCCAGUGGCCGGGUCUACCACACUCUAUCAGAGGUGGGAGGUCAGAUGUACAUGCUGGGGGGCUGUGAUGCCGCAGGGAGGCCAUGCUCCACCUUGGAAUUAUACUCUCCAGAGGGGGACCGAUGGAUAUGCCUGCCCUCUAUGCCCACCCCACGUGCCGGUGCUGCUGUAGCAGCACUUGGAAAGCAGAUCCUUGUGGUGGGAGGAGUGGGAGAAGACCAGAAACCAUUAAAGGUGGUGGAAAUGUACAACACAGAGGAAGGGAGGUGGAGGAAGAGGAGCGCCCUCCGGGAGGCCCUGAUGGGUGUGUCUAUGAUUGUAAAAGAUGGCCGUGCUCUUGCUGUGGGUGGAAUGGGUGCUGACUUGCUCCCUCGCAACAUCCUUCAACAGUAUGACUUUCGUAAGGAUGUGUGGGCUUUACUUCCUCCCAUGCCGACCCCGCGCUAUGAUGCCAACACACAUUUAUUGGACAACAAACUCUAUGUAGCAGGUGGCCGCCAGUGUAAGCGGCCCGUGAAGGCCUUUGAGAUGUAUGACACCGACAUGCGCUCAUGGAUAUCGCUUCCAAUGUUGUCAUGUAAGCGAUCGUAUGGAGGUGUGUUAUGGGACAGUGCUGGGAGGCUGUGUUUGCUGGGAGGUCUACGCCAGGGAGGAGGACAUCAGACCUCAAAAUUUACCAAGAACGUCAACAUUUUUGACUGCAACCAAGGUAUGUGGCUGAAGUCAGAUGAGACAGUGCCCUUGAAAACCAAGAGGGCUGACUUUGUGGCCGCUUUGCUGCGUGGCCGCAUGGUGGUAGCAGGCGGACUAGGUCAUGAGCCCUCCGCACUGGACACUGUUGAGGCUUUUCAUCCUCUGAAGAAAAAAUGGGAGCGAUUGGCUUCCAUGACGUUCGCACGAUGCUCGGCCUCCUUCAUCGUCAUCAGAGAUCGACUUCUCGUAGUUGGUGGAGUCAACCAGGUGCCCAGUUCGGCUCAUGAGAUACUGUAUGUAAAAGAAGAGGAAUAUCUGUAGACUGAUCUCAAAUGAAUGAAGCCCAUCAGCAGUAGCGCCCUCUUUCAUCACAGUGCAACAUGGUGAUGAACUUCUAUAUGGGACAACACUGCCCCCUUUUGGGCUUUAAUAACAGCGCAACCCACGUUGAGGCACCAUCAACAGGAAUGCAAAAUGCUUUUUGGUAUGCAAAAUGAGCUUUCUGAAGAAAUCUUAGUAUCUAAUGAUUCUACAUUGUACGUUGUAGUGCACACGUUUUGUUGCUUAUGCCUUGCAAUGUAGAGACUAAUCUGCAGUGCUUGACACAUUUGUUUUAACGCCACCCUGGGCACCCUUUAUGCCGGCCGCCCAAAAGUAUCAACAUUUUUUAAGGUUGUUAAUACAUCAGCAUUAAGAAGCUCUUCAACUAAAAUGAUAUGAUUUACUGCUAUUAAUUACAAUACUUAUUUUCACAUUUUUUUCUUCUUCUUGGGCUGUUACAUAAACUUCCAACUUUUGGAUGAUCUUGGUGACACAUACAACCAGAGCUGCUUUGCAAAAAAAGAAUGGAGGGGGCGUUGUUGAACCAUUUUUUUUAAAUCACACAGUAGCCUGACAAAAUAUUGAUUCCGUUGCCAGGCCUGAGGUGUUUUCAUGAGUUUUCAAGCCCGUUUAGAACCUUGAAAAGUUGUGUUGUUUUCUUGGCGAAUAGCAUGUUGUCAUGGCAACAGCCUUUCAACAAACUUCGGUGGACAACAUCACAAAGGCCUAAACGCCCUUCAGAGCAAAUAGAAGGUAAAUGUGGCUAAACCGCCAAGAAAAACAUAAUAGAAUAAAAAAUACAGUAUAUUUCCUGUAGCCAGUGGGAAAAAAUGGCUCGGCAGAGAAUGAAAUUAGAACAACUCUUUGUUCUUGUGUUGAAGUUAAUGUUUCAAUGUACCCUGGUAUGGGUGGAUCUUCAAAAUCUCAUUUCAUAUACUGUACUUUAUUGUCCCCAAAGGGAAAUUGACACAGUUUGUGGACGAAGUGAAUGGCAAUCAGAUCCCACAAACAUAGACACAAACAAAUUCUGUACAAAAAAUAUUUAUUUAAUAACAAAAGAGGAACGACAAGUAUAAACAGAAAUCGCCAGGAAACCAGGAAAAACAAUACAUUAACAAAAAGCUCUCGCAAAGGCAACGUAAUAGUACAUCCGAAAAUAUAAACGAAAUGACGAGAGUCCAUUUUCACGAAACAAAAACGAGAGCAUGAUCAAAAGGCAAAAAUAAUACAAAUACUUACAAGCGAGAGACUCGAGCGCAAAAACGAUAAUGAUGAGAAUGAGAAAAAACACAUUUAAAACAAACUAAAAAACACAAGAACUGCAGAACAAAACAGGAGUCUGAGUCGCCACAGUGUGGCGCCAGAAACAACAAAAUGUUCGCCAGUCCAGGUUUGGACAUAAUACAUUCAAAAAAUAUGUGGUCGAUUGUCUGUACCUCAUUCUCACAGAAAGCACAUUCAUUGUCAUCUACUUCAAAAUCGUUUUGGGUUUUUUGUUUGUUUGGUUUUUUUGCAAUUCGUUGGCGGGACGAAAACAAUUCAUCAUUUCAAAGUAUCUCUCGUUGACUUUUGGUGGAAUAGGAAGAUGUAAAUAAAUUGUUCUUAGCUUUUCAA